UGCUAUAAAUAAAUAAUCACUGAAAUCAAAUUUUCGUCAAGCAAAUUGAAAGUGAGCUGCUCUUCCUUUUCUCAUUCACUGUCUUCUAAUUCCUUUGGCAACAAGCAACACCCAACAAAAUGUAUGUGACAAGGCCUCUGUCUAUGUAUAGAAGGUCACCUGAGUCACUGUCCUUACCACCCCCAGAGGGGCCAAAUUCUGGUUAUCUUGUGCUCCAUGAUGAAGAAUCUGAUGAGGUAUCAUGUUGCGGAUGCAUUGAUAACCGGGUUAGAGACACGCCUUUCCCUCAGAAUGAAGAUCUAACAGUUGGAUAUGGCUCAGAUGACGACCCUGUUGCAUUCAUUCCAGUGCUCGAUCAGCCCUUGUCUUCCAACAGAUACCAUGUGAUCCACCGGAGAGGGAGGCAUAAAGGACGCUCUGUUCGAGAUGUUAAUCCAAAACCGUUGGAUCCAUCAGACAUAUAUCAGCAAGUUGAGAUACUUACUGGGGAUAACUACUACAAGGGUAGUUUUACUGCCAAGUCUGUUGCUCCAGAUGGGUUUCCUCCUAAAUUCUUGAGGACAAAAGGGUGGAUUGUGACCAGGAGCACACCUUAUGAUUACCAAUUGGGUGAAGCCCCAGGGCUCAACUCUUCACUACGAGCAAGCCUUCCAGGGUUCGAUUUUCCACUAUCACAUGAUUGCUCUGAAGCGGUGUUUGUAGGUAAGUGGUAUUGUCCUUUCAUGUUUGUCAAGGAAGGAGGGGUGAGGCUGAAGGAACAAAUGAAAAAAUGCAUGUUCUAUGAAAUACUACUUGAGCAAAGGUGGGAAAAGAUUUUCGAUAGCGUUAACGAAAAUGUUGAGGGGAAAAAUAAAGGUGCUGUGUUUGUGGAUGCCUUUGCUCAAAGAGAGGUGGUUUUUGUUCGUGGAAGUGAAGCUAUUUGGGUUGAAAGAAAUGUGAGUGGUGAUGGGUUCAUGUGGUUUAAGAGUUUUGAUGGUGUGGGAGGCGAAACAAGUGUAGGGUUGAGCAUGAAAGUUGUGGAGAGAAUGAAAUGGGAGCAAGAGAGAGUUGGAUGGGUUGGUGGAGAUGAAAGGCAAGUGAGAGUGGAGAGGGUGGAAGAGUUUGGAGGGACAGGAGGCAUGUGGAAGAGAUUUGGUUGCUAUGUGUUGGUAGAGAGGUUUGUGUUGAAGAGAAUGUCUGUGAAUGGAAGCUUUGCGCUACUCACAUAUGAUUUCAAGCACACACACCAGAUUAGGAGCAAAUGGGAAUGAUAAAACUUUGCCCUACAUUUUCCAAGAUUCGUCUACAUCCCAUGUCCAUGUAAUGGAA